AUGGAGGCCCGCAAGGAUCGCAAGCGCAAAGCGGCGGAGGUCGCCGAGUCUCCUGAGUUCGUGCAGGCGGCGAUCACUCAGCUCUCGUUGGCCCUUACCGAGAACGAAGUGAAGUUGAGGGGAGAGAUCCGCGCUCUGUGCGAAGAACUCAGUGGCCUGAACAAGCAACUGGCGGACAAGAGCGAGGAGCGUGAGAUGUGGAAGCAAGACGCGGCCUUCCUGCACGCAGACGCCGUGAUCGACCGCGCGCGCUUGACGCUCUGGCACAACGGCGACCUCAGUCUCCUGCGCAAGGUCAUUGACCCAAGAACUCGAGCGCUGCGCAACACCGAAGCACGGGGCGAUCGCACUCUCUACUUGUGCGAGUCUGCACCGAAGAAGGCCAACGGCAAGGCUCCGUCGAGCAGCUUCAGGGCGUCGGACGUCUCCCCGAAGCACGAGAGCGAGGAGGCCAGCACUCCAGCUCGAACGCCGACGGAGUCGGCCCCCGACACGAACCAAGACGACAGAUCGGCCGAAGCAAAGGAGGACGACGACUACGUCCGCAUCCCAGUGCCGUCGGACAAGGAAGACUCGGCAGCGAUGGUCCCGCUGCCCGCUGGUAAGGAAGUGCCGACUACUACGAUGACACCGGAGCAAGAGACUCCGGCUACGGACGACCAGGAAAACCCGGCACCUGUGCAGAAGCCCGCGUACUUUGACAAGAACUUGGAGGCGACGGAGCAGGAAGUGGCAGAGUACACGCUCAUGAACUGCGGCGCGUGA